CUUCAGUAGAACUUACCGUAAUUGCACAAAGUCCACAAGGUCGAUUGAAUAAAUAUUCAAUUAGAUUGGUUGAUGUAUUUGAUAAUUUAUCAUCAAAUAUGCCAAUACAACUUAAGUGUUCAUCGACAGGUGGAGAAACAAUUUUAUGGAAGAUUGUUGUGCCAAAUGUCGAUCAAUCUGACAAACGAAUUGGCCCAAGUAUUACUGAAAAUUUUCCUAUUAAAAUGGAUUUUCGAAUCAAGCUUGUUUGUGUUAUCCCACAUGAGAAUUUUGUGGUUUAUGACGGAACUCGAAUCGUUGUGUUUUCCCAUGCAAAAAAUGGCCACUUUGUUCAAAUAGCAAUUCUUGAAGACUAUGAUCCAUCCUUUGAGCUAAUUUUGUUAUUUAAUUUUCAACACUUGACAUUAUCUUCGACAAUUUAUCUUGCUGGAGUUAGUUGCCAAGAGAAUACUGUUUUCUUGUGGAAACUUACAUAUAACGAUUCAGCCACAACAUUUCAACAGAUAGUGUUUAUUUCUAAGAUGCCACUUCAAUUAAGUUUCAAAAUUGCAAUAGCAGUGCCAAUUGAACAAUGGGCAGGAUCAAAUGUAAGAAGCUACGUGACUCAAGAUCGAUACCGCCCAGUUUUGGCAACUUUUAGUUCCGAAGAUGGAUACAUUAGGUAUUGGCAAUGUAAUUUGGAUAAGAAUACUGGUCUGCAAUCUCAGAUGGCAGGAAAGAUUUGGGCAGAGGAAGUAAAGUUUUUUGUUAGAGGAGAACCGAAAGUUAUUAAAUGUGGACCACAAGGGAAGAUUGCUGUUGUAUUGCAAAAUUCCAACGGGUAUGAAUUGAUUAUAUGGGGAUGUGUCACAAGGAAAUUGUCGCCUACUAAAGAUUUUAUUGCGGAAUUUAGGCAUAAGAUUAUUGAUGUAGAUUGGUUAUUUACGUCAAAUGCUGAGCUUAUAUUAGCGAUUGCGACAUCGCAAAAAAUAAUGUUUUAUACUCGAGUACGGAAACAUCAUGUUUCUGUCAGAACUAGCUGGAUUCUGUUUUUAGAGAUCAAUAUACAGAGUAACUUACCGUUGCCAAUUUCUGCAAUAUUAUGGGGUAGUGGAGGUUCGCUUAUUGUCGCUAAUGGAAAGUAUACGUUUUUCCACAGAAAUAUUCUACAUCUGACGUAG